CGCCGCGCCCCGAGGCCCGGCCCCCGGGGUGGGAGCCGCGCCGGAAGCUGGAAACUUUCCCGCCAGGAGCUGACUAUUGGACACAGACAUAUGGUAAAAGGACAGGAGAGAGAAUUGUGACUUAAGCACCCCCAUACCGUGUUCCCCCGGUGAAUGAGAAGGUACCGGAAAUAGAGACAAAAGAGUGUUGAAGAUGUUGAAGGCCGUGCUGAAGAAGAGCCGAGAGGGAGGAAAGGGAAGCAGGAAGGAAACAGGAGGUGAUUUUGGUCCAGAGACGCCUGCCUCACCCUCCGGUCCUGGUGGUGACUCUCCUGCGAACAGCCUUCCUGCAGCAGAGGAAACCUAUCGUGUGAGCUUGGCCAAGGGGGUUUCCAUGUCUCUUCCGUCGUCACCUUUGCUGCCCCGACAGUCCCACUUGACACAGUCGAGAUCAAACAAAAAAUCUCCAGGUCCCGUCAGGAAGCCCAAGUAUGUGGAGAGCCCCAGGGUGCCUGGAGAUCCAGUUAUGGUCCCGUUCAGAGAAGGGUCCAAGCCCUCAGAGCCCAGUGAGACUGAAGCGAAGGCCGAUCAUGAACCAAGCUGUUCUCCGGCAGCUCAAGAACUGUUGACAAGGCUGGGAUUUUUACUGGGAGAAGGGAUCCCAAGUGCCACCCAUAUAACCAUUGAAGACAAAAAUGAAACCAUGUGCACAGCUCUGAGCCGAGGCAUCAGUCCCUGCUCCACGCUGACGAGCAGCACCGCCUCUCCCAGCACCGACAGCCCCUGCUCAACCUUGAAUAGCUGUGUCAGCAAGACGGCAGCCAACAAAAGUCCCUGUGAGACCAUUAGCAGCCCUAGUUCCACCCUGGAAAGCAAGGACAGUGGAAUCAUAGCCACAAUUACAAGUUCAUCGGAAAAUGAUGACCGGAGUGGCUCCAGUUUGGAAUGGAGUAAAGAUGGAAGCCUGAGGGUAGGGGUUCAGAAGGGAGUGCUUCAUGACCGAAGGGCAGAUAACUGCUCCCCAGUGGCAGAAGAAGAGCCCACCGGGCCAGCGGAGAGCGUGCUGCCCAAGGCAGAGUCCUCAGCUGGAGAUGGUCCCGUCCCCUAUUCUCAGAGCUCCAGCUCGCUAAUAAUGCCACGGCCCAACUCCGUCGCAGCGACAAGUUCUACCAAAUUGGAAGACCUGAGUUAUUUGGAUGGACAGAGAAAUGCUCCUCUCCGCACGUCAAUCAGGUUGCCCUGGCACAGUACGGCUGGAGGUAGGGCACAGGAAGUUAAAGCGCGGUUUGCUCCCUACAAGCCCCAGGACAUUCUGCUGAAACCCUUGCUGUUUGAAGUGCCCAGCAUCACAACGGACUCUGUGUUUGUGGGCAGAGACUGGCUCUUCCACCAGAUAGAGGAAAACCUGAGGAACACGGAACUGGCAGAGAACAGGGGAGCAGUGGUUGUGGGGAACGUUGGAUUUGGGAAGACAGCCAUCAUUUCCAAGCUGGUGGCACUGAGCUGCCAUGGAAGCCGCAUGAGACAGAUCGCAUCCAGCAGCCCCAGUUCAUCCCCUAAAACAUCAGAUCCUGCCCAGGACCUUGCUUUCACUCCGUUACUUUCACCAAAUUCUUCCACAAGUGUGCCCAGUGUGGUCAAAACGCCUGCUGGGCCCGGUGCUGCUGAAAACCAGAGGCCGCGAGAGGACUCGGUGAAAUACCUCGCCUCAAAGGUGGUGGCCUACCAUUACUGCCAGGCGGACAACACGUACACGUGCCUGGUGCCCGAGUUUGUGCACAGCACUGCAGCUCUGCUGUGCCGCUCUCACCAGCUGGUUGCCUACAGAGACCUUCUGAUCAAGGAGCCCCAGCUGCAGAGCAUGCUGAGCCUCCGCUCCUGUGUGCAGGACCCCGUGGCCGCCUUCAAGAGGGGCGUGCUGGAGCCGCUGACGAGCCUAAGAAAUGAGCAGAAAAUUCCAGAAGAGGAAUAUAUCAUUUUGAUAGAUGGCUUGAAUGAAGCUGAAUUUCAUAAGCCUGAUUAUGGAGAUACGCUGUCUUCAUUUAUUACCAAAAUCAUUCCUAAAUUCCCCACCUGGCUGAAGCUGAUCGUGACUGUAAGAGCGAAUUUUCAGGAAAUCGUCAGCGCGCUGCCGUUCGUCAAGCUCUCCUUAGACGACUUCCCGGACAACAAGGACAUUCAGAGCGACCUGCACGCUUACGUCCAGCACAGGGUGCAGAGCAGCCAGGACAUCCUCGGCAACAUCUCCCUGAAUGGCAAGGCCGACGCGGCCCUCAUCAGCAAAGUCAGCAGCCACCUGGUGCUGCGGAGCCUGGGUUCCUACCUGUACCUCAAGCUCACCCUGGACCUCUUCCAGCGGGGACACCUGGUCAUCAAGAGCGCCAGCUACAAGGUGGUGCCCGUGUCGCUGUCCGAGCUCUACCUGCUGCAGUGCAACCUGAAGUUCAUGACCCAGUCUGCCUUCGACCGCGCCCUCCCCAUCUUAAACGUGGCCCUUGCAUCCUUGCACCCCAUGACGGACGAGCAGAUAUUUCAGGCCAUCAAUGCCGGCCACAUCCAAGGCGAGCAGGGCUGGGAGGACUUCCAGCAGAGGAUGGAGGCCCUCUCCUGCUUCCUCAUUAAGAGGAGAGACAAAACUCGGAUGUUCUGCCACCCGUCCUUCCGAGAGUGGCUGGUGUGGAGAGCUGACGGAGAAAGCACGGCCUUCCUGUGUGAGCCCAGGAAUGGCCACGCUCUACUGGCGUUCAUGUUCUCUCGACAGGAAAGCAAGCUGAACCGCCAGCAGACCAUGGAGCUCGGCCACCACAUCCUGAAGGCACACAUCUUCAAGGGCCUUAGUAAGAAGACUGGCGUCUCCUCAAGCCAUCUGCAGGCCCUGUGGAUCGGCUACAGCGCUGAGGGGCUGUCUGCUGCGCUGGCCUCUCUCAGGAAUCUCUACACUCCCAACGUGAAGGUGAGCCGGCUCCUGAUUCUGGGAGGGGCCAACGUGAACUACAGGACAGAAGUGUUAAAUAACGCCCCCAUCCUGUGCGUCCAGUCUCACCUCGGCCACGAGGAAGUUGUCACGCUGCUUCUGGAGUUCGGCGCUUGCCUGGAUGGGACGUCAGAGAACGGCAUGAAUGCGCUCUGCUAUGCGGCUGCCGCGGGCCACAUGAAGCUGGUGUGUCUGCUGACCAAGAAGGGCGCGAGGGUGGACCACUUGGAUAAGAAGGGUCAGUGUGCCCUCGUCCACAGCGCACUGCGAGGCCACAGUGACAUUCUCCAGUACCUGCUGAGUUGUGAGUGGUCAGCCGGUCCUCCCCAGCCUGGCACACUAAGGAAGACCCAAGCCCUGCAGCAGGCGCUGACGGCAGCCGCCAGCAUGGGCCACUGCUCGGUCGUCCAGUGCUUGCUGGGAAUGGCAGAGCAACAUGAGAUCGAAGUCAAUGGCACCGACACGCUGUGGGGAGAAACAGCCCUGACUGCCGCUGCUGGGAGAGGAAAGCUGGAGGUGUGUGAGCUGCUGCUGGAGCGUGGAGCCGCCGUGUCUCGGGCCAACAGGAGAGGGGUGCCCCCUCUGUUUUGUGCUGCCCGCCAGGGGCACUGGCAGAUCGUCAGGCUGCUUUUGGACCGUGGCUGCGAUGUGAACCUGAGUGACAAGCAGGGCCGGACGCCUCUCAUGGUGGCCGCCUGUGAAGGACACCUGAGCACCGUGGAAUUCCUCCUGUCAAAAGGCGCUGCUCUUUCUUCCCUGGACAAAGAGGGCCUGUCAGCACUGAGCUGGGCUUGUCUGAAGGGCCACAGGGCAGUGGUCCAGUACCUGGUGGAAGAAGGAGCUGAGAUAGAUCAGAUGGACAAAAACGGCCGUACUCCCCUGGACCUGGCGGCCUUCUAUGGCGACGCAGAGACUGUGCUGUAUCUGGUGGAGAAGGGAGCCGUGAUCGAACACGUGGACCACAGCGGGAUGCGGCCCCUCGACAGAGCCAUCGGCUGUCGAAACACCGCAGUAGUGGUUACGCUGCUUAGAAAAGGAGCCAAACUAGGAAAUGCCGCUUGGGCGAUGGCCACUUCCAAACCUGACAUUUUGAUUAUACUUUUACAGAAAUUGAUGGAGGAAGGAAAUGUGUUGUACAAGAAGGGGAAGAUGAAGGAGGCAGCGCAGAGGUACCAGUAUGCCUUAAGGAAGUUCCCUCGGGAAGGAUUUGGAGAAGACAUGAGACCGUUCAAUGACCUGAGGGUCUCCCUCUAUCUCAACCUGUCUCGGUGCCGGAGGAAAACAAAUGACUUUGGCUUGGCAGAAGAAUUUGCUUCAAAAGCUCUGGAAUUGAAACCCAAAUCCUAUGAAGCCUUUUAUGCCCGGGCAAGAGCAAAAAGGAACAGCAGGCAGUUCCUGGCAGCUCUGGCUGACUUGCAGGAGGCCAUGAAACUGUGUCCCACCAAUCAGGAGAUCAAGAGGCUUUUGGCCCGCGUGGAAGAAGAGUGCAAGCAACUCCAGAGGAACCAGCAGCAAAAACAGCAGGGCCCCCUGCCUGCUCCGUCCAAUGACUCAGAUAAUGAGGAGGAUGCACCGCCCUCCAGUUUAAAGGACCACUUCCCCAUUGAAGAGGCGGAAGAGGAAGAAACCUCUUCCCAGGAAGAAGCCAUUUCCCCGACUCCCAGAUCCCAGCCGCCUCCGUCUGCCCCUUCCCCGUACAUCCGAAACCUUCAAGAGGGAUUACAGGCCAAAGGCAGGCCAGCGUCACCACAGAGCAGGGCAGGAGUCAGCAAGUCCCUGAGAGAGACUGUAGCUCAGCCAGGCUUGGUGAUGCAGCCUACCAGACAGGCCCAGAUAGUGAAGACCAGCCAACAUCUGGGUUCCGGGCAAUCUAGCAUGAGAAACAGUAGCACAAAAACCCAAGUCCCUUCUCAGAACCCUCCCCCAAGUCCGAUGCCUGGUAGAGUACCCGCAGCCCCUGCCGCGAGCAGGAACCAGCACUUGGAGGGGCCGGGCCCCUUCACUGCCGGAACUGGUUGCAGCCACUUUGGGGACCGGCUAGGCCCCGGCCAGAGCCUCCAGCUGCAGCGCAGUGAGAGCGGCACGGCCUAUCCUCUACCGAGCAAGGUCAAAGCCGCCGAGAAGCUCCUGGCUCACGCCUCCUUGGCUGUGGACGUAGCUCCUCCCAGCCAGGGAGGACCUGUGAGCUGCAGCGAUGCGCGACACCCGGCCUCCCUCGCCAGCUCGGGCUCUUCCGGCUCUCCGUCCAGCAGCAUAAAGAUGUCAAGUUCAACCAGCAGUUUGACUUCAAGCAGUAGUUUUUCAGACGGAUUCAAGGUCCAAGGACCGGACUCUCGACUCAAAGACAAAGGUACAAACCAGGUGCAGGCUGGCACCGCCGAACACAGGCCCCGCAGCACCCCGUUCAUGGGCAUCAUGGACAAGACCGCCAGGUUCCAGCAGCAGGCCAAUCCUCCCAGCCGCCCCUGGCACUGCCAGGUGGCAGAGGGGCUCCUGACGAACACGGCCGCGCCCGCCGGCCUGCAGGCGAGCUCUGAGAAGCCCACUCUCAAGCCGGGAGGGUACUGUGGCCAGGCCAAGCCGUGCUCAGUCUCCCCGCUGAGCUCGGGCGUCCACAACGGGGCGCAGGCGAAGGAGCUGGAGGAGAACAAGUGCCAAAUGGCAGCCCUCUGUCCAGACAGCAGGGUAACUAAGGGUGGUCCUCAUCUGUACCCGGAAAGCAUCUCGAAGCAGGCGCCUCAUGUCAGUACGGAAGCCCACAGGAGCCACCUGACUUCAGCGAAACCAAAGCGCUCCUUCAUAGAGUCAAACGUGUGAGCCUUAAGCAAUGUCUGUGUAGACCUGAAGUGGUGUCUGUGGCUUGGGGCAGCAGAUACUGUCUUUUUCUUUUCUUUCUUUUUCUUUUCGUAAUAAAACUUACAUCUUAGCCAUAUUUUCCACCUCUUGGGUGGGUCUGAUGCCAUUGACAUAUUAAAAGUAUAGGAUAAUAAGUAGCUAGAAAUCACCCACAAACGAAUACUAAACAGCACUGAAAACUCUUGUCAGCUUAUAUCUGUCAGCGUAAGGACUGCCAAGAAGCCAUCAACGGAUGCCAUUCACUUAGGAGAUUAUUUGGUUUGCUAUGUGUAAAAAGCACAACACAUACUUAGGAAAAAAAAAAUCCAUUGGUAAAAGAUUUUAAUUCCUGACAAAAUAUCUGGAAGUGUAUUCUGGAAAAGAUGGGGGAUUUUUAAGCUACAGAUCUCUUUCGUCAAACCCCAGAUCCUGCCUAUGUAUGAGAAUUGCAACCUGAGUGAUUUCUAGCUGAAUAGAAAUGUGACUGUAAACAGAUUUUUUUUCUUUAAGUGAAAUAUGAGCACACCACGCGUCAGGCCCGUCAUGGCAGCUACUCAAAGGGGGUCGCACCCCUAACUCCAUGUUACGGCCAUUUUGUAGAGUAUUUUUCUAGUCCCCACCCCUCUCGGAACUAUGUUUAUGCUUCACGGUGUUGCUGAUAGGCGGGAACGGGCUCUGUAGAAUUUUGAUUGGCGUACAGGUCAGAUUUGUGCAAAAGUAUGAAGACAAGCAAUCGCAGUGGCUGCUACAAAUUAACUGGUUCCGAAAGUGCUCUGGACAGUGGCCGAAGUCCCUGAAACAAGCCUCCGAUGGCCUCUCGGGAGUCCGAGUGCUGGUUUGUUUUCCUAAUGCAGUCACUAUUUCACAGCCACACGUUGUAUAUACAAAUAGCUAGCCCAGUUUCAUUCAGACUUGUAAAUAUAACUCAAAAGAAGUUAAUCUAAAGGCAACAGAACCCCGCCACCUCUCUGCAUGCUCUUUGUAAGCUUCCUCCAUGCUGGUAAGCGCACGGAAUGACGCGUCAUCACGGCACGCUAACAGUGUACCUGUAACGGCACUUUAUCUCACUUGUAUGGACACCUGAGGUGCUACUUCAACCCAAGCUGACGUAUUAUUGAUCUGUAAAGAUAAGGUACAGGAGUGAGCCUCGGUUGAAGGUAUUUUUCUAUGAAAGCAGAAGAUGUACACAUGCUGGUUUGAGAGAGGCGGGGACAGUAUUUUGUAUGUUGAGAGAUGAAAUGUAUUUUCUAGAAUGGGGGAGAAGGAAGUUCUAUAUUUGCAGAAUGUUUUUAAAAAACGAGGAGCCACGAUGUUCCUGUGAGAGCAUCGCUAAGGUCUUGUCCGACUAGGAACCGGGCAGUGUCGGGCGUCGGUCGGUGUCUGUUCCUGUGUGUGUGGUGUGCUUUGUGUAAGAAGCCAGGCCAUUUUUAUAAGCUUUCUCGAGCUCUGUUCUAAUUACUAUGGCUUAUUUAUUGUUUCCUUUAAUAUUUGUGAAAGUCUUACUCUUCUGUUAUGUAGUUUCGUUUCUGCACAACUACUGUACUUUUCCAUAUGGAAUAAAAACCAUUACUACAA